AUUGUAGACCUUUUGCUGCUGGUUUACCGGAUAUGCAAGUAAACUCAACUCAUAUUGUAUAUCAUGGGACAGGAUUAAUAUGCAACAAUAGAGACAAAGUCUUCCACUUCUGUGUAUUGCCAACCGGAUACUUAUGUCUCUUUUAAACAAAAGCAUCAAUCAUAUAUUUACAGCUUUGUCUUCUCAAGCCUCAAUGCCAAUUUAGAAACAUAUGCACUCAGAAUGACAAUGCUAUAUGGAAGUAAUUCUUAAUGGUGAUUUUUGCCCACUGAGCAAUUCCUCGAAGUGGUUAGACCGCCGAGAUCAGGCUAUUGUUCGAGCCUGAUAACUACGGCAGGAACUUCAAUUUUGAAAUAUGUUUCCUUCAACAAUUUCUGUUCAAACCUGUAGUUAAUUUUUUCCAAGACUUCAAACAUCUGAAAUACUAUUGAGGGGUGAAAUUACUAAGAAGUGUGUAUCAAAAGCUCGGACCAAGAAACAACGCUGCACGGGCCUCUCCAGCAUGGCUUCAGACAAAGAUCUCACGGCAAACAAUCCAAACCAAAUGAUAAUAAGACUCAACCUACACGUUUAUAUAAUCCUGAGGGAAGAGUCUUUAGUAUGGAUAAACCAGAACCGCUUAUCGAUUCUGGCUUGAUUGCUGUUUCUCUUGUUAUUAAAUCGCAAACUGGCCCACACUUUGUUUUCCACUAUCCUCCUCGACCAUCCUUCACUCCACCCCCACGCAAUUACAGAUAUGGUACAGAAACUGAUCAAAGUGAGGUUGAAGAACACGGAGAUAGCGACGACGAUGACAGCGACGAAUUCUCAGAACUAGAAGAAGACGACUCAAUUGCUUCGAAGCUUGGAAAAUUGAAUUUGAGCGGCAAAAAGGUGAACAGUGGAAAUGGCAGUAGAUUGCGUCACGUGGAGAUUGAAGACGACGAUCACCUCGAAGGUAAAGACGGUGAGCAAAUCGUGCCUUGGGAGCAAUUUGGCGAAUUUCCCACCGUCGAUCUUGCUAGUAUCCUGACCCCACCACGCGCAUACCAUAAGAGGAAGUUUGAGUUGUCAAUUGACAACCUCUACUUCGUUUCCUACCCGGUGCACAUCCGCGAGGAUGGAUUCUGGAAAAAGCCAAGAAAGCCAAAGAAGGGUAAAGAGGUAGCAAAUGAUGGAGACGAAUUGAAGGGCGGUCCAGUGGCUAGCAGUGCUCAGGCCAAAAAAUGCAGUGGUUCGGAUGACGGUGAUGAUCGUGGAGAAAUGACAAUGUUUAACGUUGUUUUUGUUGUCAGCUUGCCUAGGCAUGAACAAGAUGAGAGAAUUGAAGAACUCUAUGAGCAUGUUAUUAAGACUUUCAACAAGGCUCUUAAUCAUGCUCAAGCUCAGAGUAAUUAUGUUUGGAAGGAAUCUGAGACCAUUCUAGGUAUGAAGGAGAGAGCCCGCGAAGAUAGUAAGUACGCCUUAAACAUGAAUCCACCACAUAAUCUAAUUGGUUGAGCAGAAAGACCAAUGAGUCAACUAUGGAGCCAAAUCCUAAUCAAAUCUACAUUGGCAGAAGCGAUGCGCGACGUUUACGAUGCUGUUGUCAACAACACCAUCACAACCGUUUGCCUCGACACAAAACCUCCCAUUGAUCUCUCUCUACAUAUCCCAAUUCCAACAUUUUUGUUGAGCUUCCCGAAUCCUAAUGAAAGAGCCAAACCUGGUGUAUUACUUUCCAGUGCCAACCCUCUUGUUGAUGAGGAAGGUAAUCCAGAUCCUACGCAGCUCGAUAAGCACUUUGCUCUUCUACUCCUUGAGGAUGAGGUAGAUGUCAUCGCAGAGAUAACAUCAGAAGAUACCGAGCUUUCUGCCCCAUUGAUUCAAUUUAUUAAAUGGGCUAAACCUACUUUGUCUUUCCAGCAAGUCGCUCAAGCCAACAAUGUUGGUCUCGAUGAAGUUAUCACUCUUGCACAACAUUUGAUAUAUUGGCGCAAAGCAAUUGCUAUCCCUCCUAUCCAUGCUCGUGACAUGUUCAUUGUUUCACCCAAUUGCGACAUGCACAAGUUAGUUCCAGCAAGUCAACAGUGGAAAAAAGCAUUUCCUUUUGCUCCUUCCUUGCAAAGCUUCCUUGCACAAAUCUCUUAUGCUCCACGCGCCUACAAGACUUUCGUACCCUCAAAGAGUCAUCGUGAUAAGUAUAUGGAAAUGCUUGCAUGGCUUAUUCGUGGAGGGUGGGUUACUCAUCUACGAACUUUCUGUUGGAUCUGGGUCUGGCCUGAGAUCAUUUAUGAGGUCGACUAUCAAUUGAAAGCAGAAGCUAUCGAAAAAAUAAAGAAUCCAUCUCUUCAAACAGCACCUGGAUCCCCGGAAGAAGCAAAUGACGUUGAGAAUGGGACACUGGCUCUCGAUCCAACAGCCCCACUCACCACCGAACAAGCGGCCGAAGCUGCACGCCUUGAGAGACUCGCUGCUAAGGCAGUAGCAGAAGCUAAGGCAGCCGAAGAUGAAUUUGAAAAGAUGCUCCUUCCAGAUGCUACCGAACAUCCUUCUAUGAACCAUGCAGAACACUUGAGAAACAUGUCCUCCUAUAUCAUUGUCGAUCCUCACAAAGCUAGUCACGUCGAGACGAUGUACAUCGCAGCCAUCGGCAAGCGUUGGACUGAUCCUAAGGCAAAAGCAUUAUGGCCAAAGUUUGUAAAGUAUUUCAAUGGAACAACGGCUUUGGAGGAUAUUUGGGCUAAGGAAGGAAUGAAGCGUAAAGAGACAUGGAACAUUUUAUUGACUUUCCAGGAGCAGCUUCUAGUGAUGAAGCAUUGGUAGAUGUUUGUGAUUUGUAUUCUCUUUUCUCAUUUUCUGAAAUGAUCUUCUGACGGAAUUAAAAGAUGGGCGUUAUGAUGAUGAUUUACGAUGAUAUUAAGGAUUAUACGGCGUUCUAUGGACCAGGAAAGGAUACGAUGAUACCAUGGCUUUAGUGGAUUUUCAUGAUGUGAUACCCUUCCAUAUGAUUAUGC